AAACAGAAGAUCGCAGCAUUUGCGAUAGCGAAGAUUUAGGAGAAAGCAGAAUCCAAUGAGUUUGAUGUAAGAAAAUAGAAGCGAAUAAAAGCAGGCGGCGACGCGUAGUUGACGGAGGAAUUAUACCAAUACCCUUAUGAGAAUUGUAGAUGGAAGAUGAUAGGAAAAGCUACAGUGUUGACGAUGCCCUUUCCGCAUUGGGUUUUGGGAAAUUCCAAGUGUUGGUUCUGAUGUAUGCUGGGAUGGGUUGGAUUUCUGAAGCCAUGGAAAUGAUGCUGCUCUCUUUUGUUGGACCUGCUGUUCAAUCCCUUUGGGAUCUUUCUUCUCAACAAGAGAGCUUCAUUACCAGCGUCGUCUUUGCCGGCAUGAUGCUCGGCGCCUAUUCCUGGGGUGUUGUUUCAGAUAUCUAUGGAAGGAGGAAAGGAUUUCUCAUCACAGCACUUAUUACGUCGUCAGCUGGUUUUCUAAGUGCAUUUUCCCCAAAUCUUUAUGUGCUCAUCAUCUUCCGUGGUUUAGUCGGUAUUGGCUUGGGAGGCGGUCCCGUGCUUUCGUCCUGGUUUCUGGAGUUUAUUCCUGCUUCAGAGAGAGGUGCGUGGAUGGUGGUAUUUUCAUCCUUCUGGACCCUUGGAACAGUUCUUGAAGCUUCUAUAGCAUGGUUUGUCAUGCCAAGAUUGGGUUGGAGGUGGCUGCUUGCAUUGUCUGCUCUUCCUUCCUCACUGUUGCUUCUACUAUAUAGAGUAACACCCGAGUCGCCCAGAUAUCUGUCAAUGGUGGGAAGAAAAAGUGAUGCGCUAGCUAUUUUGGAAAAAAUCGCGAGGGUCAACGGGAGAAAACUUCCUUCGGGCGUCCUUGUUACCGACAACAACGUUGAGCUAGAAGAUAAAUCUUCAGAAUCAGAAGAUACGAAAUUGAUACCAUCAAGCAAGAAUGACCCCGAUGUUGGUUCUCGGAAGAGUGGCAUAUCAUUGCUGAUUAUGCUUCUUUCACCUGAAUUGGUUAGAUCAACUCUACUUUUAUGGAUGGUUUUUUUCGGGAAUGCAUUCGCUUAUUAUGGGCUCGUUCUGCUUACAACAGAGCUGAAUAACAAGCAUAACCGAUGUGAACAGAAAGGGUCACAUUCUGUUAAUCAGCAGGAAGUUAAUUACCAAGAUAUUUUUAUUACCAGUUUUGCAGAAUUUCCCGGACUUCUCUUAUCAGCCGCAACAGUUGACAAAGUUGGUCGUAAGGUAUCCAUGGCAGCGAUGUUCUUCUUCUGCUUCGUUUUUCUGAUGCCUCUGGUAGUUGAACAGCCUCAGAGCAUAACAACGUGCCUUCUCUUCGGGGCUCGAGUUUGCAUCACAGGAACCUUCACGAUUGUAUACAUAUACGCCCCAGAGUUGUAUCCGACGUCCGUGAGGACAACUGGGGUUGGAGUGGCGAGCUCCGUGGGAAGAAUCGGCGGGAUGAUAUGUCCUCUGGUUGCAGUUGGUCUGGUUCAUGGAUGUAAACAGAAUACAGCGGUGUUUCUAUUUGAGAGCAUUGUGUUUGUAUCAGGAAUAUGCGUUUACCUUCUACCGUUUGAAACAAGGGGUCUUGAAUUGAGCAACAAUGUGUCAUCUUCCAAGCAUAAUCACCUUGAUGUAAGCUUAUAGUUAAUGUUUUGAUGAGCUCAAAAUCUUUACUAGGGAUUUUGUUUCAAGUUUUGAGAGAAUGUACAAGAAUAUAAUAGUGAUUUUAACAUUACAAAUGACUCUGUGUUUAACAUAGUUACACACUAUAGAAAUAUAAUACUCCCUCUGGUUCAUUUUUCUUCA